AUGACAAUCAUCAAGACCGCCAUCGCUGCCAUCGCUGCCACGGGCAUCAUGACCGGCGCCGCGCUCGCCGGCGGCAUGGGCGCCAAGGAUAUCGUCGACACCGCCGCAGCAAACGACGACUUCGAGACCCUGGUCGCCGCGGUUCAGGCCGCCGGCCUCGUCGAAACGCUGAAGGGCGAAGGACCGUUUACGGUUUUCGCGCCGACCGAUGAAGCCUUUGCGGCGAUCGGAACCACCGUUGAAGAACUGCUCAAGCCCGAGAACAAGGACGCGCUGACCGCAGUCCUGACCUACCACGUGGUAGCCGGCAAGGUGAUGUCGACCGACCUGGUCGAUGAUGCUUCGGUCGCCACCGUCCAGGGCCAGAACAUCACGAUCGAUCUCGACAAUGGCGCCAUGGUCAACGAUGCCAACGUCGUGACCGCCGACAUCGAAACGUCGAACGGCGUCAUCCAUGUGAUCGACAAGGUGAUCGUGCCCGAAGGCAUCAUGUAA